AGUUUUGCCAUAGAAAGACUUGACGUUUGGUCUCUCCUUCACCGCACAGGAGAUCCAAUCACCCAAAAUACGUACUUUCGUUCACCUAUUCAACUAUGUCGUCAGUGAAACCCUUCGCCUCCGCCGCCGGCUCGCUCCGAGCCCGUAUUUAUUCGGGCCUCCGAACCAGAGGAGGUCACGGCCCGAACCCAUUUACUACUCCGGGCCACCAAGAGCGGCCCAAUGGAUACUUAUUCAACCGUGUUCCACCACCACCUGGACAGUCCCGGAAAUGGGAGGAUUGGGAACUCCCUUGCUACAUCACCAGCUUUUUCACUAUCGUCAUCCUUGGUGUCGGACUCAACGCUAAGCCCGAUCUCACUCUUGAAACUUGGGCCCACCAAGAAGCCCUAAAACGCCUUGAGCUUGAAUCUGCUGAUGCGGAAUAAUAUGUUGGAUCUGUUUGGGUGUUGCGGAUGCUUGAUGAUGAUACUGUCGUUGCUUGUUCAAUCUAAUGAUAUCCCCUCCAUAUUGAAAGAACAAGAACUCUCUGAUGCAAUAUUUUCCGAUGAGAUUAUUCUUUUUUCGAAUAAAGAUUUUGUUUCGCUCUCGCAUUAAAAUAUGAAUAUAACUUAAAUUAGUAGCAACGCACAAGUUUGAAGGCUAAUUUUUUUUUUUUUACGAAGCUAAUUAUGGAUGUUGUAUUUUCAGGUGCGUGAUGUAAUGACUGAUUUUGUCAAAAAACAUGUCUUAAGAAUCUUUUCCUUCGAGGUUUUUGCCUUUUCAAAUCCAAGUAAAUGUUGAAA